CGAUCUUGCAAAAAGACGUUCCUAAUCUACAAAAAUAAAAGGUAAUUUCGUGCGAGGCGCAUCUAACAAUUUUCAACCAAGACUUUCAAAGAAACCCCCUAGCCGCCAUGGCUUAUGAUGUUGACCCCAUCUACUUCUUUAAUCUCCACCCCUAAAAAAAUCACAAAAGUCUUCUCUUCUCCUCUCAUCUCCAACUUUGUUGGUUAACCUUAACCCACCUUCCUCCUUAACCCCAACCACAUUCUCAAUUUUCACACCUAACGAAUACCCAAAACUCUCCCCAUCUCCUGGAGCUCAUUCCCUGAGCUCCUCCCCCCUUCUCUCUCUGCCGCAACCACCACCCUAACCACCGCGCAAAUCUACCCUCUCUCCACCACCUCACCAUCUUAUCCACCCUUCAAUUCGUCGAAACCCUAAUCGAUCAAUCAACCAAUUUCCCUUCAAUGGAGUUCUUUACUCUUUAGGGUUUCCACCCCCUUUUCCUUGCCAUCUCUCUGACACCAACCUGCUCCGUAUCUUAAUCGAUCUUACAAUAUUCGUUUUUAUGGCGAUCCGAUACACCGUCUCUUUUUCCGCUACCAUUGCCCAGAACAUCGCUUCCUCAGCCAGUCACCGUGUUACGAAUUACCGAUGUAUUCAUGAUUUUGUCACGAAGCCUCGGGCAACGGCUGCGAACCCGAAUUUGGAUUCGCGUAAGAAUUACCAUUAUUCUCAUCGUAAUAAUAGCACGAAUAAUCAGCCGGAUGUUAGGCGAUCGAAGCCGAGUUCGAGUUCUAGAGGUAAGACGUCGUCGUUUAGUACUUUUGCUGCGGAUUUGAUUACUGGGAAUAGUAGUAAUAGUAGUCCAGUGGCUGCUGGGUUGAUGUCGCUGGUGAAUUCCGCCAUUUUUGGAGGUUCAAUUUCGAGUCCAAUGGGGUCAAUGGGAGUUGCGCCGCUUCGGGGUGCUUCGAUUAUUCCGUUCUUGCAGGUUUCGAAAUGGCUGCCGUGUAAUGAGCCUGCAUUGAUCCGAUCGACGAGUAAUGAUGUAGAUAGAGGAGGGACUUCGAAGGUUUUGGAUGAGAGUAAGAUAAUGAAGAAGGUUGAGAGUUUGAAUUCUGCUUCAGUGGAUGUUUCUAAGGUGAUUUCGCAGCAGAAAGUGAUUGAUAGGAAGAGCUGGCUGUCUAAAAUGUUCAACUUCUCGUCGGACGAUGCCAAGGCAGUCUUCACUGCUGUCACCGUUAAUCUGCUGUUCAAGUCUUCCUUAGCUGAGCCGAGGUCGAUUCCUUCAUCGUCAAUGUGCCCCACGCUUGAUGUUGGUGACCGGAUAUUGGCUGAGAAGGUUUCAUACAUCUUUAGGCAGCCUGAGGUUUCCGAUAUUGUUAUAUUCAAAACACCACCGAUUCUUCAGGAAAUAGGCUUUGCCACUGGGGAUGUAUUCAUCAAAAGGAUUGUAGCAACUGCUGGUGAUUGUGUUGAAGUGAAAAAUGGGCAGUUGUUAGUAAAUGGUAUUGUUCGUGAAGAAGAAUUUAUAUUGGAGCCAUUAGCUUACGAAAUGGAUCCUGUGAUUGUGCCUGAAGGCUAUGUCUUUGUGAUGGGAGACAACCGCAACAACAGCUUCGACUCUCAUAACUGGGGUCCACUCCCUGUCAAAAACAUCGUUGGCAGAUCAGUGUUUCGAUACUGGCCUCCAACCAAAUUGACAGACACUAUAUAUGAACCACAAGCAGAAAACUGUAAUGUUGCAGUUUCAUGACAAGUUUUCCAUCCUUCUGUUAGACGAAGAGAUUCUGAGUUGAUGGUGUCGUAAUUAGUUCAAGGAAGGUGUCGACCUCACUUAAAUUUUUUCUUGUAGCGUUUUUCUCUGAUAAUACCAACAAUUGUGCAUAUUUUUAUUGUUUGGGAGCUAUAGUUCCAUAUAAGUGAUUUAACACAAUUUUUAUGAUGGAUUAUGACAUUAUGUUGUCCAUCGAGUGUGACAUCAUCUCAAUUGGUCUGUGCUGUAAUGGUUGGUUCAUUUUUUGUACGACACUUCAAUAUUUUGACUUUGAAUAUAGUUGACAAAUGGUGAUUUUGUUUCA